GUGAAGAACCGGUGCACAGACAUUUACGGCUAACAGAUGGACAAUUCGAUGAAAUAUGUGCGGAAUACCAUAAUUGGAGACAACAACAAGGAGGAGGAAACAGGAGGUAUUUAUUCUCUGUGAAGAGAAUGGAGACAUUUUUGCUGUAUUUGGCCUCUGGUGGCUACCACCGACAAAUUGGAUACACACAGGGUAUAGCCAAAUCAACAGCCAUAUUACACAGUAGGGAAGUUUCAGACUUCUUUAUGGAUAUAGCUGGCGAGCACAUUGCAUUUCCACGGAGGGAAGAACUUGACCAGUUAAGCACUAGCCUUCGGGAUAUAGAUGGUGUUGAAAAACAUGUUGUCAUGUAUUUGGAUGGUGUAAUCAUAAAAAUUCAGCGUCCAGAUCAUGCUGGAGACGCUUACUACUGUGGCCGGCCUGGUAAAAGCUGUGACUCUAUAAACACCCAGUAUAUUGUUGACAAGUUUGGCAGAGUACGUCAUCUCAUCACAGGGCUUCCAGGAGCAACACAUGACAAGACUGCUACAGAAUGGGGUGAUGACUUCAUGAGAUACUUGGAUCAACUUCCGGACGAUGAUGUUGUGCUUGGUGAUGCUGCUUACCGGAAUUUGCAUCCUGCUGUUUUGGUCCCAUUUAUAGGAAAUAACCUUCAACCAGACCAGUUCGCUUUCAACAAUCGCUGUACCAGAAUUCGUCAAAUUGUUGAACGUACCAUUGGGGCAUCUGAACUCAAAUGGCGCAUGAAUCAAAUGAAGGAGAAUAGGUAUCGUGCCAAGUAUGGCCCCUUAUUUGCUGCCAAAUGUACCAUUGCAACUUGUGUGUUACAUAAUCGAUACACCAAUUUCUUGGGGUAACAUCUGUGGUCACAACCCCAAGAUGAACCUAAUUACUAAGUUAUAGAAAACAAAGAUAAUAGUUUGUAUUAACUCUGAACUUUGUUCAAUAAAAACUCUAAGCAAAAUGCACAACCUGUACUCUAAAGACGGUGAUUAUCUUCCAUCAAAAAAUAUUUUUGCUUUCAUUUCUUACCUCUACACGAGAAACAACUAAAAUAUGCCGGUACAAAAUAUGAUUAAGGCAAGUGCUAAUCAGUGGAUAGAAUCAAGAAUCAUUCUUAAUUAAUCAUGAUAUUGAUAAUUACUCAUGGAUA